GGCACACAUGGUGAAUUUUGUUCUGUAGAAAUUUGAAGAUGCGUCAUCUUAUUCACGCAGGACAAUGGACAAAGGAUUAUAUUUGCCCACAUCCAGGCUGUCAUAAGGGCCCAUGGUGAUGCGGCCAACGCUAGUGGUUGUACCUUCGUGCUGGAGUUGAGUGGUGGUCUGAUUCGGUUGUUGGUCACGAUCUGAUACAACAGGUAUGCAAAGGAAUUUGGAAUGCUGAAGUGUUUAUAAUUAGAAGUAGUAAUUUCAACGCACUUUGAUCUCUGACUAUUCAAGCCAUCGUUUGAUAUGUCAUACGUAUGUGCAUGGAAGCCAUGAGGCAACUGUGAUGUGUACGUUAGAUUUGCUGUUUUCUGCUUCAACAAAUUAGCUAUGGUUCCCACAGAAAGGUUGAAUUGCCUAUCUGCUAGCAAGUGAUGUUUAGGACCAAAUUAGCCAUGCUGGCAAGAGUGACUGAUAAUGGUUGUAGGCUGGCAUUUGUUUGUCCAUUUGAUGAUGUGGCUGUUGGUUUUCUUUACAUUGCUUCUUUGCAAACUUCUGAGAUUUGAUGGCACGCCUUUUCUCUCUGUGCUUCUGCUUGCUUUAAAAAGGUGGCAAAUGAUUUAGUUCCUCUGCUUUUGGCAAGAUGGUCUGUUAUGCUUUAGGGAUAUUCUGCAUUGCAGACAUGCGAGCUGUUGCUACUACAGAUUAUCACACAGUUAGCUGCAUUUUUUCAUCCCAAUGAUGUAAAUGAAGUGCACAACAGAACCAACCAUUUAACACUGCUCCGGUAUUUACUACCAGUUGAAGGUUGUGUUUAAAGUUAGAUCCUUGGAAGAAAAUAGAAGGCAAAUGUAAAAUCUAGCUUCGGGCCAAAUCUAGCAGACUCUAGACUAUGAAAGUAAGCAUCUCAUCGCCUCCAAUCGCAAGCAAAGCGAAGGAAAGCAAAGGGAAGCCAGCAGAGACCUGCCAUGCCCUGCGGGCUUUGGGACCAAUUCCAUUAUGUUGCUGCAAUCUACAGUUUUUGAGUGUUCCUCUGUCUGGCCAACAUGAGGAUGCUGGGGGAUCAUCUCCAGCACAGCUACCCUCCCCAAAGCUCAACACAGCAGCAGCUGAAUGCUUGCUGCUGUUUGGAUGAAGCUUUACUCUUCGCAUGUACUGAGCCGCUGUUCUGUUAUUUUGGUAAUGCAACCUGGGGCUAUGGGGCUAUAUGGAUUAAAAAAAUAACGGGUGCAUUUCUUAAAUUAUAUGCAUGUUCAUCUGGUAUUAUUACAUAUCUAUAUAGAGGCUGGCGGAUCAGAGCUCUUUAUCUACAACUAGUAGUGUGAUGUGCAUUUGUGCGACUAGAGUUUCUAUGUAUUGUUGCGUCCGUGCUGAAUCAGUUGACUCAGAUUUGUCUAGAUACAGAUGUAUCUAAAAUGUGUCCAGAUACAUCCAUAUCUAGACAAAUCUUAGUCAACUAAUUUGGAACGGAGGUUGUACAAUUUUGACCACUAAUUUACAUGAGAAUAUACCUGACACAAUAUAUAAAUCACAGUGCUAGGAAUCAAAAUGGUGAAGAAUAUUGCCUAUUUUUGUAUAUUAAUGUUGGAUAGCCAUUGGCGAUCAUGUUCUUCUCAACAUAUUUUUUUGUUCAUGCCACAGGUAACCACAUAUUGUUCUUGUGUAUGUGGUUUAUUUAACGUGCUCUUAUGUGUCGUCAGAAGCCAGGCAAGGAGGUGUUGCUGAUUGGACAGACAUGCCCUGCAGUUGAUUCAGCCUCUUCAUUUCGUCUCCAUGUCCAAGCCAAGAAACACCCUAGACUAUGAGAAUCUGUUCUUUUCUUGUCAGUUGACUAGAAGAAUCUUGCAUUGUCUCAACCUUCAAGCAAAGCAAAGACUCUAGACUGUAGAAUCUUGCAUCGUCUCCAACUGCAAGCAAGGGGAAGCAAAGCAAACAGCAGGCUUUAGGAUCAAUUCCAUUAUUUUGCUGCAAUCCUACAGAUUGUUGUGCCCUCAUAUAUAUGGCCCUAUCUAUACUGAUUUGAAAUAUGAGUACUAUAAACAAAUCAGACACGCACAGUAAUUUAUCAUAUCCAUAUCUACUAUAUUUGUCUAAUCAAUCCAUUCUCCUCACUCACAAGGAUGCGAAGGGAUCAUCAUGUUCCUCUGUUCAAGUCUAUCUGCAGCACUUUUCCCCUCCCGAAGCCCAACGCAGCAGGGAAACCUGGGGCUUCAUAUGAAAAAAGAACUACUUGCAUUUCUCAAGCUAUAUGCACAUGUUUUUCUGGUAUUUGCACAUGUUUCUGGUAUUUUUUGUAAAUAAUGUAUCUGUAGACUCCAGGGGUUCUGAAUUUUUUUGCCGAGACAUCAUCUCCAUUCAGGUUCUGAAAUUUAUCCUCUUCAAUUUGUUUUCAACUCCAAGAAAAGUGAAGAGCCUGGGGUAUGAGAACCUGUUAUUUUAUCCGGCAAUUGACAAGAAGAAUGUUGCAUCGUCUCAAACUGCAAGCAAAAGAAAAAAGACACAAACACUCUAGAGUAUAAGCAUGUUGCAUCUUCUCCAACUGCAAGCAAAGAAAAGCUAGCAGAGACCUUGCACACCCUACUGGCUUUGGGAUCAAUUCCAUUAGUUUAAUGCAAUCCUCUAGGUGUGCCCUCAUAUAUAUGGCCCUGUUCCGAGUGUUCCUCUAUUUGAGCAACAUGAGAAUGUUGAAGGAUCAUCAACACUCUAUCUAUGUCCAGUAUGGCUACCCUCCUGGAGUUCAACACAACAGACUGACAGUAGCGAGCAUUCAGCAGCUCUGGAACGAGUGGGAGAUCCAGUGCUUGGUGCUUGUGAGCAUCUCCCUGCAAGUGUUCCUACUCUUUUUCGCGGGGUUCCGGAAGCGCUACUGCUCCCGCGUGCUCAGCGUGCUGCUGUGGCUUGCCUACCUGUCGGCGGACACCAUGGCACUCUUCGUCCUCGGGCACCUCACAUGUGUCGUGCGUGAUGACCCACGGCACCAGAUGGUGCUCUUCUGGGCACCGUUCAUGUUGCUCCACCUAGGAGGGCAGGAGACCAUCACAGCCUUCUCCAUGGAGGAUUGUGCACUGUGGAAGAGGCACCUGCUGAACCUCACCACCCAGGUUGCACUGGCCAUCUAUGUCGUCAGCAAGCAAUGGCAAGGGGACAAGCAGCUUGUGGCUCCCAUGGUGCUAAUCUUCAUCUCUGGGACAGCCAAAUAUAUGGAGAGAAUAUGGAUACUUGGGAGAGCCGGCUCAUGGGGACCUAUAAGCAGGCCUUGGGGUCCGUUGCUUGGGCAGAAAAGACUCCCGAGGGUCAGGCUUGGCGAACAACGUGCUAUCCAGCCAUUGUUCUCUUCUGACAAAAAAUCCGGGUUUCACAUAGAGGAUGUGGCUCAUGACAUAUUUUAUAGAAGCAUGGGCUUUUUCAUGAACAGGACUCCUAAACUGUAUGUCAAUGAUGAUUGGUGGCGGUGGGGACGAGGUACUGUGACUUCCUCAGAGGAGAGAGUUAACUUGGCAUAUAAGUUAGCUGAGAUCCAACUCUCAUUGAUCUAUGACUACUUGUACACCAAGUUUGGAAGCCUCGAUGGUGUGUUGCACCGGCUCACCAUCCUUGUCCUAAACUCUACAGCUCUGGCCCUGUUUGUUGUUCAUCAUAAGGGAGGGAAGAGGCGAUCAGAAGCUGUCAAGUCCAACUCUGGUGUAGCUGAUGUUGCCAUCUCUUACAUAUUGCUUGUGGGUGCCGUGGCGUUGGAGAUAUCCUCUAUACUGAUCUGGCUCAUAACAUCAUAUUGGCCAUACAAGGUAUUCCCAAGAGGAGACCAUAGUCCAAGAAUUGUGGUUAGCAUCCUCAAGCGCCUCCGCCCAGCACAGGGAAGCAACAGAUUGGAAUGGUCAGGUAAGCUGCAGCAGUACAACUUGACCGAUGAAAUCAUCCAAGAGGAGAAGGCGAGAAAGGAAUAUGGAUGGUUGAAAUGGAUAAUGUGGCAUAUGGGCAUCAAGCAACAAGACGACGCCACAACCAAACAUGUUGCCAUCUCCCCAGAGGUAAAGAAGGUGUUCCUUGAUAAACUACGUGAGAAUUACGGGAGGUUGAACUUGGCCAGCUUCCGUUCCGAGUGGGCAACUUCUUCCUCCUCUAGGUUUGGUGCAGCUCAACAGGAAGUCAGAGGCAUCUUGGAAGGCAUGGAUCUUGUAUCAAGUGCCUUUCUUUGGCACUUUGUGACGGACAUAUGCCUACUGCGGGACGAGACGCCCUCUAAGCUUAGAACCUGCAGCCAGCACCUGUCCAAUUACAUCAUGCACCUGGUCUACAAGUGCGACUUGAUGGUUGAUGCUGAGGGGUGUUCAUUAUUUGAAGACUAUAUACGGUUGAUGGGAAAAUUUUGCAAAGAUGCCAACUAUGAUAAGAGGGACCUCCUCCUGAGAUACCGCAGUGACAGAUUCUCUCAUGAUCCAGUCCGUCCAGCAGUUGGGAAAGCUGCUAAGGUGGCCUUUCUACUUAACAGUGAAGCAGCGGCUGCUGAUCAGUGGGAGAUGAUCGCAAUGGUAUGGUUGGAAAUGCUCUGCUACAUCGCAAUGAACUGUGAUCACGGGUUCCACGCCAAGCAGCUGAGCGCUGGAGGGGAGUUCCUCACUCAUGCCAAGAUGAUCAUGUUUCAACUGGUUGUUCCCGAUGAGCAGCUAAUGAGGAUGUAACAUAAAAACACAACUACUGGGUUCAUCUGCAAAGUUACUUUCUUAUGGUUGUGAUUUUCUAACCAUUAGCAAGAAAUUGUAGAGCUAAUACCUCGUGUGUGGUCUGAGAGCUUGGGGAUUGUCUUUUUUUUAUGGCAACUGGCAGAGGUUCUACUGUAACAUCCCCAGUUUAGUAAUUACUGUAGUUACUAGGGGUUGUAAUGUGCAUCAUGUUCACUGCCUAUCAUCAUUUGUUUAAUUGUGAAAAUGAGGAUAAUUUGAAACCUUGAAAAAUCAAUGCGCUACUAUAUGUCCUUGAAAAAUCAUGAAAUAUUUAUGUUAAUCACCAUCU